AUGUGCUUGGUCCGAUUUACGUUCGCUCGUCCACCGGUCGGCUCGCUCCCCCUUCGCGUAUCCAUGGCCAAGAAGAGUAAGGAACCCAAACCAGUAAUUGAUCAGGUCCUUUCCUGGAUCUCCAUCCUGGCCGGCCUGACUGCCCUGGUUUGUCUCGUUCCGAAGGUUCCGUACCGGUAUGCUGAGAUCUACACGGGAUAUCACGCCAGGUUUGGAGUUCAGAGACGGUACUCUCUGUUCGGACUCACAAACAGGAACGGGCAGCUGGAAUCCUGGUUCAAAGUCAAGAGAGACACCUGCAUGAAGAUGAAGGAGUAUGCGCAGAGCAACCCGCUACUGGCCGUCGCUGGAAGCUUGGCGGCGUCCCAGUCAAAGGUUGGAGGAGCUGUGGCGGGAUGCGUGUUCUGGGACGCUUGCAAAGCGCAGCUGAACGUGAGAUGCAUGGAGUACACCACUAUGUCGAUCAUCAGCUUGGUUUGCAUGCUGUUCCAGCUCAUCGGAGCUGGUUGCCUACUGUGUGUGCCCAUGAUGCUCAACAGUGAAGAUGACGCAGCGAAGGACAAGAAGGGCGCCGACAAGAAGGAGAAGGCCACGAAGAAUGCCAUGCAAGCGACGAUGAACGUCACCAUUGCUGGUUUUAUGUUUCCUUUGAUAUCUUGGGCCAUGUAUAUGGGGAUGACGGACAGCAUGUUCCAUACGUUCAAAGCCAAAGAGGCAUACGCUUACGGCUACGCCUACGUCGGAUCGUACAUAGCCGUGUCCGCGUUUUCUUUCGCUUCACUCGGAGUCCUAUGCGCUUGGCGCCGAUGGGCGAAAUUCGGGCAGGACAAGGACGAUGAGGAGGAUACAACAGCAGCUGCCAACGCGAGCUUGCCGACGGAUCCGAUGGCAGGCAUGCCGCCUGGGGGUGCCCCGGGCAUGCCACCGCCAAUGCCGCCUCCAUCCUGA